AUGCCGGACAUCAUGGAAGUCCACAGACAAAGUCUGCAUGACCGGGACCGGAUUCUGGAACUUCACAGGCAAAGUCUUCAUGAGCAGAACCUCAUGGCAAGCGCGGAGAAGGAGCAACAAGAUCUCACGGCUCUUCCCGCUCAAAGCGUUUUCGAAGGAGACGAGGACCAAGCGACAGAAACGACGGAAGAAGAAAAAGUUGCAGAUGUUGCCCCAGGACCGCAGUAUCCGUCGGGUAUCAAAUUCGCAUUGAUAUUUGGAGGAUUGCUAAUUAGUAUGUUUCUUGUUGCGCUGGAUAUGACAAUCGUGUCGACAGCCAUUCCUAAGAUCACAAAUACCUACGGAAGUCUGCAGGAUGUCGGAUGGUAUGGAUCCGCCUACUUUCUAACUCUGGCAUCUUUCCAAUCCUUUUGGGGGAAGAUGUACAAGAACUUUCCAUUGAGAUGGUCUUUUGUGCUCGCUUUGGUGAUUUUCGAGGCGGGGAGUGCGCUUUGUGGCGCCGCACCUUCCAGUGCCGUUCUCAUCGUUGGCCGUGCGAUUCAGGGAAUGGGCGGUUCGGGAGUGACGGGAGGUUGCUAUACCAUUCUCGCCAACAUCGUGCCUCCGGAGAGAGUUGCUCCAUUUGCGGGAACUUUUGGAGCGAUUUACAGUCUGGCUAGUGUGGCGGGACCUCUUCUUGGGGGCGUCUUCACCGAGCAGCUGUCUUGGAGGUGGUGCUUCUACAUCAACCUUCCCUUUGGAGUCUUCGCCAUUGGACCCGUCGCCAUCUUCUACAACACACCCUCCGGCGCUCGCUGGUCCGGUGCAUCCGCCAAGGAAAUCUUCCUCCAAAUGGACCCUCUCGGUCUCACGGCUAUCAUUAGCGCUCUGGUCUGCUACAUGAUUGCGUUGGAGAAAGGAGGCAAGGCUCUACCCUGGAACAGUGCCAAGAUUAUUGGACUUUUCAUCGGAUGGAUUCUCUUGAUGAUUGCUUUUGUCGUCAUUCAAGCUUUCCAAAAGGAUAACUAUUCUUCUGUGAAUCGGAGGAUUCUGAAGAACAGGACGAUUCUGGCGUGUUGUGUUUUCAUUUUCUUCAUGAACGCCUGCAACUUCCUCACAAUCUACUACCUCCCCAUCUACUUCCAAGCUGUGCUGGGAGUAUCCGCCCAAUCGAGUGGAWUUCGCAACUUGCCUUUGAUUCUUUCCAGUGCCGUGGCAACCAUGGUCUCCUGCGCCCUGCUYCGCCACACCAAACUUCCCAAAUACCACAUCAUCCUCGGUUCCAUGUUAGUCCUCACCGGCGCCGGACUCCUCUACACUCUGGAUCAGAACACGGAUAUGGGGAAAUAUCUCGGCUAUCAAAUCCUCUUUGGCUCGGGAGUGGGAAUCGCAAUUCAAAUCCCCAUCAUCACAUCCCAGGCACAGUCCCAAGGAGCGGAUAUUCCGGUGGUGACAGCUACUGUACUUUUCUUCCAACUCAUCUCCGGAGCAAUGUCCGUCUCCAUGGCCGAAAGUAUCUUCAMCAACAAACUCGCCGAGGGCCUCGCCUCCCUCGUCCCCAACAUCUCCUCAACCCUCGUCUCCACCGUCGGCGCCUCAAAUCUCUCCACCGCCUUCUCCGGCGCGGAUCUCGCGGGCGUCAUUGCCGCUUACAUUCAAGGUCUGAAUGCCACGUGGCUUGCGGGCGUGGCGCUCGCGGCCACGAGUCUGGUGAUUGCAAUUGGGGCACCGAUUAAGCGGACGGGAGUUCCGGCCAAGAGGGUGGUGGAUAAGGUUAAGAUGGCGCUGAAGAGUGGGUAUGAAGGGGAGGUGGAAUUGGAGGAUAUGGGUAGGGAUGAUGAGAGUAAGAAGGAGGAGGAUGAUGAGGAUGUUGUUGUUGGGGGCGAGAAGGUGUGA